GUUAUUGUUAUUAAUAACAAAAAAUAACAAUAACUUCUCACCCCUAGAAAUAACUAUGAAAAUAAACUUUAUGAAAUUAUCAACCUUUAUUAAUUUUAUUUCAUUUAUAAGAGAAUUUUUUCACCAGUACGUUGAUUUGGAAAAGAGAAAAGUGUAUAUAAGAGCAAAAACUUGGAUCUUAUCAGACAAAAACCAACGAAUGACUCUUGAACGUCAAAGAAAAACCUCCUGAUUUAGAAAAAUAAUUCUCCUGAAAAACUCCUGAUUUUUUUACAAAAAAACUACUGAUUUCUAAAAUUUGAAUUUGGUAAGCCUAGGCCCGCCCGGUCCGGAAUAAAAAUCUCCCUGGUUGGGGCGGACCGGUUGGCUCGUUUCGAGGCCUGAUUCAUAGUUCAUUAAUACUUCUUAAAAAAAAAUACUGGUCGACCUUGAGAUAUCAAUUAUUACGUUUCUUCUGUUUAUAUCACUAACAUUAAAAGAAAUAAUGUCAUUGGAUAAUAUACCAUUUAAAACAUUGUCAUAAGCACUCGAAGCUCAUAUAGAUAUAGUUGGCUACAGAUCACUCUUUGUUUACAUAUAAACGAACUUUCGUUGAGGUUCAGAACUUAUAGGACAUUCUUUAGGGGGUAUCAAAUUUGAACUACCACAGACCAUGACAAACGUUGUUGAUAUACGAUCAAAGACCGUGUAUCAAUAAUGUCUCGUUACUACUUCCUUAUUGUAUUUCUCGAGGAUUAAGUAAAACAAUAGGAAAGAAAUGUGUUCCAAAAUAGAUAGAAUAAAGUAAUCUCCCUAUAAUUAGCAGUAACAGCUACAUUGUAUUUCACAUUUUAAUUCCGCAAGGAUUGCGUUAAUAAUUUUUUGUUUUUAGGGGUGAACCAAAAACUUGGUAUGGUGUACCAGGUUCAAGUGCUGAAAAAUUAGAAAAUUGUAUGAAAUCAUAUGCUCCAGAAUUAUUUUCUAAAACACCUGAUCUUCUUCAUCAUCUUGUUACAACAAUGAAUCCAUCAGUAUUAAUACGUGAUGGAGUACCAGUUAUUAAAACACAUCAACAUGCUGAAAAAUUUGUUAUAACAUUUCCUCGUGCUUAUCAUGCAGGUUUUAAUCAAGGUUUUAAUUUUGCUGAAGCAAAUAAUUUUUGUCCAACUGAUUGGCUUCCGAUGGGUCGUUGUGCAAUAGAUCAUUAUAAAGAAAUGAAACGUUAUAGUGUAUUUUCACAUGAUGAAUUAAUAUAUAAACUUGCAUCAGAAUGUCAAUAUCUUGAUCCAGAUAUAGGUGAUGCAACAAAAUUUGAACUUGAUUAUAUUGGAGUAACAGAUACUGAUCGAGUUUGUUUUGAAUUAAUGCCUGAUGAUGAAAGACAAUGUGAUGCUUGUAAAACAACAUGUUUCUUAUCAGCUAUAUCUUGUUUAUGUAAACCAAAUAUUCUUGUUUGCAUAAAUCAUGUUGAUCAAUUAUGUUCAUGUUCACCAAAAAAAUAUUGUUUAUGGUAUCGUUAUACAAUUGAUGAAAUGUCAAAUAUGCUUGAUGCAUUACGUGAACGUCUUGAUCUUUGUCAAAAAUGGAAAAUACUUGUUAAUCGACUUAUUUCAAAUGAUCAUCAAAAUCUUAUCGAUUUUAAUGAUAUUGAAAAACAUACGACAUCUGGUGUAUUAUGUUUACGUGAUGAUAUUCGUAUAAAAAUGGAAGAAAAAUUAGCUGAAGCUAUUGAAUAUCGACAAAUGGCAAAAAAUAUUUUAAAACGUAUAACAUGCAAAGAUGAAUUAAUAGAAAAUAAUAAUAAUGAUGAUGAUUUAAAUAAAAAGAAAAAAAAUUUUAAUGAUGAAAAUAAAGUUACAUUAAAUGAUAUAAAUCAAUUAAAAAAAUCGAGUAAAAUCAACUGGUAUUACAUUUAA